AUGUCCUACUCCAGCGAGUCCUGCGGCGUGAGCUGCCCCCAGCCCAUCGCUGAGAGCACCAACGAGCCGUGUGUGCAGCAGUGCCCCGACUCCAGAGCCCUGAUCCAGCCCCCGCCAGUGGUGGUGACCAUCCCUGGCCCCGUGCUCAGCACCUUCCCUCAGGAGAGCGUUGUGGGAUCAUCGGGCCCAGCCUGGCCGGAGCGUUCCUUCAGUUCCCGCAGCUUCCAGGGCUAUGGGGGCUCCUUUGGGCUGGGAGGAUCUGGGGGCUAUGGGGGCUCCCUUGGAUAUGGGGGCUCCCGUGGUUAUGGGAGUUUCUCAGGCUAUGGGAGCUCCCUCGGGGGCUAUGGGGGCUCCUUUGGCUUAGGAAGCUGUGGGGGCUAUGGGGGUUCCCAGGGCUAUGGGGGCUCCCAGGGCUAUGGGGGUUUCUCAGGCUAUGGGGGAUCCCUUGGAUAUGGCAGUUCCCUGGGUUAUGGAGGUGACAGUGGCUAUGGAGGCUCCCUCGGGGGCUAUGGGGGCUCCUUCGGGGGCUAUGGGGGUUCCCUUGGGGGCUAUGGGGGCUCCUUUGGCAAUUGCGGGAGGUCCUACAGCUCCGGCUUCUCCUCGCGGGGCCUGGGCUAUUCCCUGCCUGGCUCCCAGAGAUGGGGCAGGUCCCGCCGCGGGAGCUGUGGGGUUUUCUAA